GAGCGCGAUGACACUGGAGCUCCGGUCUGGGACACGGAAAUGCUCAAUGUGCAGUUCUUUUAUUAUUAUUGUUUUUUAAAUAACUACAAUAAACAUUUGUGGUUAUUUAUAUAAACUGUCCAGAUGGGAAUUAAAAACACGUCACUUGUCAAUCGUCUGUCGGGUCGGUGGCGGACGGAUAACAGGCCUCCAGUGGUGGAAGUACUGUAACAAUACCACAGUCUAGAAGUGGCUGGUUUUGGCCUUGGCGAUGAUGCGCUUCUACAUCCACAAAGGCACACACAAGGGUCUGUACAGAAGCAUAGCCAGAACACUCAAGUUCUUCCAGACCUUUGCAUUAGUUGAGGUGGGACAUUGUGCGUUAGGCAUCGUGAGGACCUCCGUGAUCGUCACCGGGGUGCAGGUGUGCUCGCGGAUCUUCAUGGUUUGGUUCAUCACCAACAGCAUCAGACAGAUCCAGAAUGAAGAGAGCGUAAUCCUAUUCCUGGUUGUGUGGACGGUGACGGAGAUCACCAGAUAUUCCUACUACACAUUCAACCUGCUGCACCACCUGCCGUACUUCAUCAAAUGGGCCAGGUACAACCUCUUCAUCGUCUUGUACCCCUUGGGAGUCGCCGGGGAACUGCUGACCAUCUACGCCGCUCUGCCGUUCGUGCGCAGAUCCGGAAUGUUCUCCAUGAGGCUCCCCAACAAGUACAACGUGUCCUUCGACUACUACUACUGCCUCAUCGUCGUCAUGUUGUCCUACAUCCCACUGUUUCCUCAGCUCUUCUUCCACAUGCUGCGGCAGAGGAGGAGGGUGCUUCACGGCGAGGUCAUAGUGGAGAAGGACGACUAGACGGCCGCCGCCGCCGCCCGAUGCCGCCGCCCUCACCUGCCCCACUCCAGCUCCGCCUCACCUUUUAGCACCACCGGCCCACUUACAGGUCUUCAUCGCGCGGAUGAAGAAAAAAGGCCUGACGAGAGGGAACAUCGGGAAGAAAAGGCGUUCACCAGUGCUGAUAAUAUUGGCCGAUCCGAAGUCUUCACAGGAUCAUCUGAAUGGUGGUAUUAGAAACUUGUUUACAGUCCCAGUGUUAGACCGAGGCCCGACGUCGCGUCAUCAGACGAGGGGGCUUCCGGGGAAAUGUGAAGCACGGGGAGGAAGUUUGAAAGCCGUGUCUCCUCUCGUCCCGCUGUCGACCCAAUUGGCACUUGUGUUCGUUUUUUUUUUUAGUUUUUUUUAAAGUGUAUUCCACCAAAAGAGGUUUUAUACAGAAGUAGCUUGGCUGUAAAAAAAAAAGAAAAUAUUCAGUUUAAUCAUACCUCAACAAUAAAUCUACAUUUAGACAAUAUGCUGCUUCUUUUGUGUACGUUUUUAAAUGAUACAAUGUGAAAUGAGCGGUUAAUAGUAAGCAUAUUUCUUAAAGAUAAUUUAUUCACAUAACGUGUUCUUAGCUUAACACUUAACACACUUCCAUGUUGCUUUGAUGUUUACUAUGUCAAAUGAAUUUGAGUCUUCUGAAAGCUUUUCCAUCGGACGCUGUAGGUGAGACUUUAAUUCAGAUUUCUGUGAGCACUCGCAGUCUUCAGUCGCUGUGGUUUGUUUUCUAACAGGAAGAAUCUCGCGUGCGUGUCGAUAGAAAGCCGCUGUUUUUGAGAUCAUCUCAUUCUUCUGUGCAGCUGAAGCGGCAAACAGGACGGGAAAUGAUUGAGAGGAAAUGUUGCGUAGUCCGCGGUUAUUGAAGAAAGUCAACACUUGUCUAUAAUCUGGGUCCGUGAGGAGAAAAACAGUAAAACAAAAGUCUCUGGAAAAAUGAUAUUUCAAGAGCAUAAGAAUAGAAAUGUGAAAAUUACUUUUUUUUGUGCAAAAAUCAAUAAACUCAAUUCUAAAAUAC